AUGACUGAUCAGGAUAAAUGUGACAGAACUGACUGGACCUUCAUACGUUCAAGAAGCACACCAGUAGUAGCGCUGAUUGAACUUGGGCAGAUUGGUGAAGAAGCCAAAGCUAAAUCAGACAGACUGAGUGUUACAGCGGACUGUUCUCUGGUUAUAAAGAAGGUCACAGUUGAGGAUGCUGGUCGUUAUGACUGCAGACAGUUCGACAGAUCAGGAAAACAACAAGGUCCAGACUCUCUGGUUUAUCUGUCUGUUGUUAGCAUGACUGAACAUAAGGACACUGAUGAGGUGAAGUUAAGCUGCUCUGUGUCGAUAUAUGAAUGGUGCAGAUACACAGUGAAGUGGCUGUAUGAAGGAAGAGACUGGGACAUAAAUACCAAUGACGUACAGACAUCACAGUCUACCUGCUCUGUCACUGCAGUCUUACCAACUUCUAAUUUUAUUUACAAAUCAAAUUAUAAGUCUUUGCAGUGUGAAGUCACAAAUAUCAACAGUAAUGAAGAGCAGCUGUAUAACUUCUGUCCUCAGUUAUCAGGUGAAGCUGAAACAACAAGAGAACCUGAAACAACAGCAGCAGAAAAAGGACCAGAUGGGAAAGGAAAAGCACCAACAACUAAGUCACCAACAAAGAUGACAAAUGAUAAAAAGAUUGAAAGCAGGAUAAUUACAGAUACGGACACAUCGAUGCCUGAUACACAUGAUGAUACAACUGGAUUUAAAGAGUCUUCGUUCUCUCCACUUUGGUGGUUGUUAAUCGUUGUGGCUUCAGCAGCAAUCAUAGUACCUGCUGUUGUUGUGGCCAUCAGACGGAAGAAAGCUACAGGGAACAACACACAGAUGAGUCAGGGACUGAGUUUAAACCCUGCAGUGACUCAGUCUGGUUUAGAAACCAGUCAGGACACGUAUUACAGAAACUCUUGA